AUUCCUCCCACAAUGAAAACAAUCGGGUAUUUUGGAAGAGAAAGAGAUCGAGGUGUCUAAGAUGGAAAACCUAAGUGGGUAUAUUCUAGAAGACAAAGAUAUCCAGCCUUUGCUCCCUCACAGACUCCAACCAUUCAAGAGAGAAAUCAUCAACUUUCCAAAUAAAUCACAAGCCAAUGACAACAUGUUCUAGUAAAAGCCCUUACUCAACAAUGGAAAGAUUGGCUGGAAUAUUGCGUGCAGAGCUGAAGAAUCAGACCUCAAAGAAAGUGUUAGACAUCCAAAUACUAGGUAAACUAGCUCCAAUAAGGCCUCAAGGAGAGGAAGUUUUUACAUUUCUGGGUUACUUGUGGAGCUUGUUUGGAAAACAUGGCAGUGGGUUGGAAAUGGUCUAUACUUUGUCUUGUUGGUUGAUGAGCAGUCCUCCAAGUUACCAUAUAAAGCUUCUUAGUGGAGACUUAAACUUAGAGCCCCAAUCUAAACUUCUGAACCCCCUCCCCAAAUCCAAAUCCAAAUCCAAAUCCAAAUCCAAAUGUGUUUCAGGAGUACAAAGCAUCAAUCGAGUAUUAUUUAGCUCCCUUCAUGAGUCUGAUUCAUACCAUGCAACACAUCAUACUGUCCUGAGAUGACUAGUGAACCUUGCUGCCAUAGCCAACAUGGCAAGAGCUAGGGAGGAGUUGAUGUGUUGGUGUUUGAGAGCUAUGUCUAAUGGAUCAAUAAGCAUAACAAGCCUUAAUCAAUGCUAUGUAAGUUUCCAGUUUUGAAUCUAAUGUUUUCCAUGCCAUCCAAAUUCUUCUAGAUUUUCUGAACCUUGCUACCAUAGCCAAACAUGGCAAGAGCUAGGAAAGAGUUGAUGUAUUGGUGUCUGGAGCUACGUCUGGUGGAUGUACAAGUGUAACAAGCUUCAGAUCAGUUUUAUGUAAGUUUCUGGUUUUUUAUCUAUGGCUUUCUAUUCCAUCCAAAUUCUUCUGGUUUUUGUGCUCUUAGAGCAAAAUUUUUAUUUGAAGAUAACACUUUGGAAUCCAACAGGUUAAUCUGAGUUCUAAUUUCUUCCUGAGUUUAUUUUUGCUUUUUGUUUUGUGUUUUUUUAUUAGUUAUGGAAUUCCUGGGAUUGUUCAAGAAUCUAAUGUGACAACUAGUUGUAAAUUGAGAAACCUUGGCAAAUUGGUUAGAAUCCAACAUCAGUCCUCUAUGUCCCCAACACACCUAUGAACCCUUUGAAGGCUUUCACCUUUUCCUCUGAAACUAGUUGCUUUCAACUAUGGUCCGAAUGCAAAUCAUUUGUACCUCUUGCUACAGUUACUAGAUCCAGUUUUAAGAACUUGCCUUGUGAUUUUUUGUUUUGCACAUUGGCCACCAUUUGCCCCAGUUGUUCAUAGUGAUAUUGCAAACGAUAUGCUGAUUUAUUGACAGAAGUUGAUAUAUAUUGCCCUUUUAGCAUUCUUAGGAUUGAUUCUGUUCUUUUUCUGGAAUGACAUAACUGCUACUGCAGCAUGCAUUAAAGGGAAAGGAUGGAAGCCAUGCAGUGAUGAGAACUGCUUCAACGAGAUGUAUCCAAUCCAAGAAGCAUCAUGCAGAGGAAUUGGAUAUCGUCUUGCCAUCAUGGAGACAGUUCGCAGCAUUUUACAAGAAUUAAAGAUCAACCAUUACAGUUCUGAACAUAUACACAAUUGUCAGAAUAUCAAAAAGAUGUUCAUUUUUCUAUUUAUGAUGAACAGAAGGGAAAAACUCUUGAUAGGAAAUAAAGAUUUGACCCUAAA